GGUGAGCGGCUUUGGUUGGAGUUGGGGUCGAGUCUGGUCGAGGCCUCGGAGAGAGGGAGGAGGGAAGGGAAGGAGGGAGGGAGGGGGGUGGUUACCCGCCGCCGCCUUCCUGCCCGCCAGCCCGGACGGGUACACGCGCAGACGGAGCGGACUGAGUUGAAGGUGCGUCGGGUUCCGGGGAGCGGGAAGUAAGAAAUCGAAAGUAAAGUUGCAGUGAGACAAGGAUGGAGGGCGACUGAAAGUUGGGUGGUGGCGAGUAAGGAUGGACAAGUGGGGUUGGGUGGUGGGGGUGAGGGCUAGUGGCCGCUUGGAAGUCUCGGCUUGUGUCAGUCUCGGAGGAAGAUAUAGUUGAUGGGUGUGGCGAAGUUAUGGAGGAAGGGUUUGACCGAGUCAGGAGCAGUGGAGGAUUCAUGUGAUUUGAGAGUGUGACCUUCAUACUGCAUGAAUAAUGCAGACUAUAAAAUGCGUGGUUGUUGGAGAUGGUGCAGUUGGGAAGACCUGCCUUCUCAUUAGUUAUACAACCAAUGCUUUUCCUGCAGAAUAUGUCCCCACUGUGUUUGACAACUAUAGUGCACAGAUGACUGUUGAUGGAAGGACUGUAAGCCUGAACCUUUGGGAUACAGCAGGGCAGGAAGAGUACGACCGACUUCGCACUCUAUCUUACCCACAGAGUAACGUGUUCAUCAUCUGUUUCUCCGUUGCUAGCCCUUCUUCCUUUGCCAAUGUUCGCCAUAAAUGGCAACCUGAAGUUUUGCACCACUGUCCAAACGUUCCCAUACUUUUGGUUGGUACGAAGAAGGAUUUAAGGAAUGAUUCUGAAACCAUAAAAAAGCUCAAGGAGCAAAGUCUUUCCCUGACAACCAUGCAUCAGGGAGUGACCUUGGCCAAACAGAUUAGAGCGGUUAAGUACCUGGAAUGUUCAGCACUCAAUCAGGAGGGCAUCAGAGAGGUGUUUGUGGAGGCUGUGAGAGCAGUCCUUUAUCCUCACAGAAAAAAGAAAAGCAAAAAUUGUGUGCUUUUGUAGCCCGAAUACACGAACAUCUUGGUUGCACAUGGAUUGGAAGCCAUGGAUCAGCUGCGCUUCGGUUGCAUUGUGGUGUAACGCAAGGAUCUUGCACAAAACAAGUUUGUAUGACUGAAACUGGAAACUGUUGAAAUGCUGCUUUAUUGGCUGGGUGUUAUUUUUACAGAAAUGCAGGCCCUUAAUGAGUUAUUCUGAUAUAAUAGCACUGGACUUUCUAGCUUGCAAUAAUUGUCCCUGAGCGGAGCUAAACUGAUUGCCUUUUAACAGCUGCUUUAAAGAUCUUUUUUAAGCAUCUUAAUCCGUUUAAAAAAAAAAAAAAAAUUAUAGCUUUACUCACUGGCUUUUUUUGAUAUAACUGUUUGUGCACGACAAACAUGUGCUGAUCACUUUUUAAACAAAUGGCCAUUGCUUUUCUCCAUUGCUCAGGUUUCAAAUUGUUGAUGUUGGCUUUCAGAACUCUGACUGAUUAAUAAGCAUUGUGGCUUUCACACAUUGGCACUAAUCUGGAAUCAAAAAUGAUCAUGGGCAGAUUUCAUGUGAAAUCCUGAACUAAUACCUACUACUGUUUACUAUUAUCUUAAUGAAAUACAGUCCUUGUAUGUGUUGGCACUGUCAAAAGACUUGGUAAAACACCUACUGCACAGUAGACAAAAUGCAAUGAUAUUUACAUUUGUCACAUUUAGUAGAUAUUGUUUUAUGAUGUGGUUUAUUUAAAUUUUAUAAAACUGGCCUUGUGUCCCCAAUACAUUUGGUACAAAAUAACUGUGUUAAAGUUCACUGGGUGUUGUAGUUUUAUAUACAUGAGAUUUCAAUUGAUGACCAACUUACUUUAAUAUGUUCCUCAACACCAAAAACAAUUAAGUUUGGAUAAUACUCAAUCAAUUUUUUUCUUGUGUAUAAAAGUCACUUUCUAUAUUGCACAGCUGCAAGGUCUGACGAGGUACGAAUUCUAGAAUCAAUGCCAUAGUGUGUGAAUUUGCAGGUGUUUAUUCCAUUGCAGGCGGUACUGACAUAGGAUAAAAGGGAAAAUUAGAAAUUACUGACAUUUGCCAAUGCGUAACAAGAAGAUGGCUAAUAUGAAUUGUAUUUGAGCCUGGUCUGAAUUGUUGGUAUUGUAUUGUACACUUCUACCUAUAGUGGUACAUUUGUUGCACAGCGCUUAUUGUUUAAGAUUAACUCAGUGACUAAAUACUGACAACCCCACCUCAGCCUUCAACUCUUCCAUAUGGAGACCUUCCAACAUUUUGUUUACACCAUCAAAUCCCAAUCCAUAUCAUUUCAAUCUGAUUGUUCUUGAGAAACAGUGAUACUUUAUUUUCAGCUUCUGUUGUUUGAGUUUUGAUACUAAGGUGUUAAAGGAUUCUUUGAUCUGUGUUUAGUUAGCUCUGUGGGAUAAACAAAGUAUACCCUGUUUGUAGUAUUUAGCAGAAAUGGAUGACCAGAAGUGAGCUAAACUGAACAGAUCAAUGUAGGCAUAUUAGCUGUCUGACCUUUUUUGGUGAGGCGUACACAACCAAUGCAAGAACAUGAUGGAAACGGAAAACUGACGGUGCAUUUAGAUUGUGUAGCAUUCAACCAAUCUAAAGACUGAAAGUUUGUUUUCUCCAGUCAUUCAAAACUCUAUUCCUCAACUGUAUCAUUGAAAUCGUAUCUCAUAGUUAAAUCAAACCAAUUUAUUCCACGUCCUAUUGUAGAGGAGAUUUAAUGCAUUUUCUCAGUACAGCAUUCGGAGCCUGUAUUAGAUUUGCGGUUUUACAAUGACCCAAUCCUAAUUACAGUGCUGUUUAAAUGGGAUCCAAUAACUGACGUUUGCUAUUAUUAUUGGUACAUUGAUAUCGGUGAAGCAGACAAAGAAAAAUCUUGCCAGUCUAAGAGUAGGAUUGAGGAAUGUAAAAAUCCUUUGUUUUGUCAUUAUCAUGCUUUUCACUGCGCUGUAACCACGGUGGGUAAUGCCAUUACUAUGCACUAGAAACCUGAGUUGUGUUUUUAGAAUUAAAAAAAAUUAAGACUGCAUUGUUUUGAAAUGAUUUAUAAAAAAAUUGUACUGCUGAAAUAAAAUUUAAUUUUCAUUCAUAA